AUGUCGACUAUACCGAAUAUCACUGGUUUGACAAACAAGAAUUUGUUUUUAGUUGAUUUCCAAGAACCUUAUGCUGAAAAACCUUUGCGAGACGAAAAUACUCUAAAUAUAAGGAGUAUAAUUUAUAGCCCCAAAGGGAAUUACUUAGCUUAUAGAACAGAUAAAAAGGUAGAAAUUUUAAAAUGUUCAGACUGGUCUGUAACAGCAACAAUAGAUGGAAAUGUGAAAGACAUGUUCUUCUCUCCAUUAGAUACUUACUUCAUAUCAUGGGAAAUGUUUUUCACUAAUAAGGAUAACCCACAGGGAAAACCAAAUCUACGCGUAUUUAAGUCUUGUAAUGGCGAAAAUAUUGGUUCCUUUAUUCAAAAGAAUCAAAUUGGUUGGCAACCAAAAUGGUCAUCAGACGAAAAAUUGUUUGCUAUUCAUACAAAUAACAGAAUUUUAAUCUAUGAGGAUGCAAAAUUGGACCGCUACACACAUAAUGUAGCAGCAGACAACCUUCAGGCUUACAGCAUAUCACCCAGUGCAGCACCAUCAUACUAUUUCUCCAUAUUUACCAUAGGAAAAUCCGGUCAGCCGUCUUUUUGGCGUAUCUUUAAAUUCCCCCAGUUUGAUGUAGCACAAGCAAUUGUCAGUCGCUCAUCUUUUCAAGCAGACAAAGCAACAUUUCACUGGAAUAGACGCGGAACAAAUGUCUUUACAAUGACUCAAACUGAUGUAGACAAAACUGGUGCUUCAUAUUAUGGAAAACAAGCUCUCUCAUAUGGAGAUAUCAAGGGAAAUGGAGGGAAUAUGACAUUUAGUAAGGAAGGACCUAUCCAUGCAAUUGCAUGGAACCCUGGAAACUGGAACGAGUGGGUAGCAGUGUAUGGUCACGCACCUGCAAAAGCAACAAUUUUCAAUGCCAAGUGUGACCCACUCUAUGAGUUUGGCACCGGUGCUUGGAAUGCAAUUUACUUCCCACCAGAAGGAAAUAUAAUGCUGCUCGGUGGAUUCGGCAACAUCGCCACAGGUCACAUUUCCGUUUGGGAUCUCCGCGGGUACAAGAAGCUGGGCGAAUGUCGCGCGCCUGAUACUACUUAUUUGCAAUGGGACCCACGAGGCGAAACCUUUCUCACAGCAACGACGUACCCUAGGCUCACUGUAGGAAAUGGCUAUAAAAUCUGGCAUUACACUGGUGUCCUCAUGCACAAGCGAAAUUGUGUAGAUAAAGAGAAUCUAUUAUCAAUAUGCUGGCGGCCAGGCACGUAUCCCAAAAGUGAAUUGUCCAAAACAGCACCUAAAAGCAUAGAGGAUGACACGCCGAAAGUUGUCACCGCGUACCGACCCCCCGGAGCCAAGAAUAGGCCCUCAACAUUUACCCUGCAUGAACAUGAGAAGCCACAUCGGCCUGGUCAAACUGAUGCUGCACCAUCCAAACAGGCAAUAAAACAAAAAGAGAAGCGAGAAGCACGAAAAGCGCGGAAAGCAGAAGAGAAGGUGGUCGGUACUGGAGAUACUCCUCCCGCGACUACGCCUCGCCAGCCAUUCGUUUCCACUGGAGACCCGGAAAAAGAUAAGAAGAUUAAAAACCUCCAAAAGAAAUUAAGUGACAUCGAUAAAUUGAAGCAGCAGAAAGCUGCGGGCAAGCAGUUAGAGCUGAACCAGCUGGCGAAAAUAGAUAACCAGGCAGCACUAUUGCAGGAAUUGGAGCAACUGCGGUUAUGA